AUGUGCUUUUACAACCAGAAGCGAUUCUCCUGUGGAGACUGGAGCUGGACCAACUUCGCCCACCGAUGCAAUUACGAGUACCGCACCGGCGAAACAUGCGGCAUGAAACUCGUUAACAUGACCGAGACCGAUAGUAGCAAAUGCCGUCUCUGCGAGAAGAUCGAAACCAAAUUCCGGCGGCGAAGCGCCGAAGUCGACCGUCUCGAACGCUGGAAACGGGAGGGUGCCACUUUGGUGGCCUCGAUGGAUCGGUCCCACAAGCUCAUAAUGGACUUGGACAAAGAAAUAUUUGUCCUGCAACGGGAGCGUGAGACCCGAAGGAACACGCUCGUGAGAUAA